GUUUUUAAGUAUUAAUUUCAUCUCAUUAUUCCUCACCCCUCUCCCCCUCCCUCUCCCGCUCCCUAUCGAUCGACGUACUCACCGUGGAGCUCCGAGGUCAGGGUUUCUUCCUUCUCCCUCUUCCGAAACCCUAGCGGUUCACUACUUCGAGAUCUAAGAGAACAGUGUCCUUGUCGAAAAUUGCCAGGCUGCAUCUCGAAGCCUAACCUUUUUCUCCGGUUCCAACACGAGAUGGGCGGACGAGCGGUGGUCUCCGAUGAGGAAGAUGAGGUCGAAGAGGAUGAGGAAGAACGAGCCAUGGAGCAGGACGCUGAUGACGUUGGUGAUGGGGGCAACGAUGAUGAGGAGGAAGAAGAAGAAGAGGGGCAGGAUGAGUACGAGCAAGAUGGAUUUAUAGUGGACGAUGUGGAAGAGGAGGAAGCAGAGGAAGAAGAGGAGGAGGAAAAACAGGAGAGUGACGAGGAGAGACAUAGAAAAAGGAAGAAGAAGAGAAGGGAUUCAGAGAAAAAUUACGUUCUUGAUGAGGAUGAUUAUGAGUUACUUCAAGACAACAACAUAACCGGAUUCCGUCGACCUCAACCAAGUAGCAAAUUUAAGCGAUUGAAGAAGGCUGGAAGGGACAAUGAAGUGGAGCGGUCUGGGUUUUCAGAUGAUGAAGAAUUUGAUAGGGACAGUCGUGGUGGCCGAACAGCUGAAGAAAAACUUAAGCGUAGCUUGUUUGGAGACGACGAAGUGGUGCCAUUAGAGGAUAUCGCUGAGGAAGAAGAGCAGCCCGAAGAAGAAGAAGAAGCGGACAUUAUUGGGGAGGAAGAUGAAAUGGCAGAUUUUAUCGUGGAUGAAGAAGAUGUUGAUGAGACUGGUGCUGUUGUAAGAAAGAAAAAGCCCAAGAAAAAGAUGUCACGCCAAGCCCCAGGAGUUUCAUCAUCUGCUUUACAAGAAGCCCAUGAAAUAUUUGGUGAUGUUGAUGAGCUUCUAAUGCUACGGAAGCAAGGCCUUGCAGCUGUUUCUGCUGAUGGCAGUUGGAGUGAGAAGAGACUGGAGGAUGAGUUUGAACCUUUUAUUCUCUCAGAGAAGUAUAUGACCCCAAAGGAUGACAUUAUCCGAGAAACAGAUGUGCCUGAGAGAAUUCAGUUGUCUGAGGACAAAACUGGGUCACCUCCGACCGAUGAUAAAAGCAUAGAAGACGAGAGUACGUGGAUAUACAGCCAACUUACUAGUGGUGGUAUUUCUCCUCUAGUUGGUUAUGAUCAAAUAGUCAAAGAGAUAAAUAAGGAGGAAAUUGGAAAUGUCUUGACAAUGAUGCAUGUGCAGAAGCUUGAUAUUCCUUUCAUUAGCAUGUACCGCAAGGAGUUAUGUCACAGUCUUUUGAAAGAUCCUGAUGCCAACAUGGCAGAUAUUGAAGAAACGCCAAAGAUGAAGUGGCAUAAGGUGCUCUGGGCUGUUCAGACAUUGGACAGAAAAUGGUUGUUGCUUCAGAAGAGGAAAAGUGCCCUCCAUUCCUACUAUAACAAACGCUUUGAAGAGGAAGCUCGAAGAAUUGAUAAUGAAACGAGACUUGCAUUAAAUCAACAACUUUUCAAAUCAAUUACGGAAGCUCUGAAGGAUGCAAGAUCAGAGAGAGAGGUCGAUGAUAUUGAUGCCAAGUUCAAUUUGCAUUUUCCUCCAGGUGAAGUUGAUACAGAGGAUGUUCAAUUUAAGAGACCAAAGCGGAAAUCAUUGUACAGUAGUUUCCACAAAGCUGGUCUCUGGGAGGUUGCUAACAAAUUUGGUGCUAAUUCUGAGCAGUUUGGGCUGCUUCUCUCAUUAGAAAAGAUAUCAGAUGAAUUUGAAGAUGCAAAAGAAACUCCUGAAGAAAUUGCAGCAAAUUUUACAUGUGCUUUGUUUGAAACACCACAAGAUGUGCUUAAAGGUGCUCGGCACAUGGCAGCAGUGGAGAUUGGAUGUGAGCCAAAUGUUAGAAGACAUGUGCGCAGUAUCUUUAUGGAGAAGGCUGUCGUGUCAACAAGUCCUACUCCUGAGGGAAAUAUGGCAAUUGAUUCCUAUCAUCAGCUUGCAGGUGUCAAGUGGCUCCGCAAUAAGCCGUUAUCCGAGUUUGUGGAUGCUCAAUGGCUACUUAUCCAAAAAGGUGAAGAAGAGAAGCUGCUUAAGGUCACGAUCAAAUUACCAGAAGAUAUCCAAAAGAAAUUGUUAAGUGAUGCUUCCGAGUAUUAUCUGAGUGAGCGUGUCAGUAGAUCUGCUCAGCUUUGGAAUGAGCAACGGAAGAUGAUAUUGGACGACUCAUUUCUCACCCUUAUUCUUCCAUCAAUGGCAAAGGAAGCUCAAUCACUAUUGACUGCUAGGGCCAAGAGUUGGCUUCUUAUGGAAUAUGGAAGACAGUUGUGGAAUAAAGUCUCUGUUGCCCCUUUCAAGCGGAAGGAUGCAGACAAUGAUCCGGAGGAUGAAUCUGAAUCAAGGGUAAUGGCUUGCUGUUGGGGACCUGGGAAGCCUGCAACUACAAUUGUUAUGUUGGACUCGGCAGGAGAAAUGGUGGAUGUGCUGUAUGCUGGUUCUGUUAGUGUUCGAUCCCAGGCUGUUGCUGAUCAACAGAGAAAGAAAAAUGACCAUCAAAGGCUUCUGAAGUUCAUGACAGAUCAUCAACCUCAUGCUGUCUGUGUGGGAGCAGCAAAUAUGGCCUGCAGACAACUGAAGGAUGACAUUUAUGAAGUUAUUUUCAAGAUAGUGGAAGAUCAUCCAAAAGAUGUCAGCCAGGAUCUAGAAUAUUUCAGUAUUGUCUUCGGGGAUGAAUCCUUGCCUCGCCUAUAUGAGAAUUCAAGAAUUUCUUCGGAUCAACUCCCUGGUCAACCAGGUAUUGUGAAACGUGCCGUGGCUCUUGGUCGAUAUCUGCAAAACCCUUUGGCGAUGGUUGCUACACUCUGUGGACCAGGGAAAGAGAUUCUAUCUUGGAAACUUUGUCCCCUGGAACAUUUUCUUACACCAGAUGAGAAGUAUGAGGUUGUUGAGCAGGUUAUGAUUGAUGCAACCAACCAGGUUGGUGUGGAUAUAAAUCUAGCUUCAAGUCAUGAAUGGCUUUUUGCUCCUUUACAGUUCAUUUCUGGUCUUGGACCACGGAAAGCAUCUGCUUUGCAAAAAGCAUUUGUUAGGGCCGGAUCCAUUUUUAAUCGUAAGGAGAUACCUAUGGGAAAGAUUCUUAGAAAGAAAGUUUUCAUUAAUGCUGUUGGAUUUUUGCGUGUUUGCCGGAGUGGGGCAGCUUCUGCUAGCAGUCACAUUAUGGACCUUCUGGAUGACACAAGAAUUCAUCCAGAGUCGUAUGAUCUAGCAAAGAAUCUGGCCAAGGAUGUUUAUGCUGAAGAUGUUCCGAAUGAACCUAACGAUAUGGAUGAUGAUGUACAAGAGAUGGCAAUCGAACAUGUGAGGGAGAGGCCACAUAUGCUUAAAGUGCUCGACAUCAAUGAGUAUGCCAAAAGCAUUUUUAAUCAGUAUGGGACCAACAAAAGGGAGACCCUGUAUGAUAUAAAGAUGGAGCUUCUACAUGGAUUCCAGGAUUGGCGGACACCUUUCAAAGAACCUGGUGCAGAGGAGGAGUUUGCUAUGCUCUCUGGUGAAACGGAUGAUACCAUUUCAGAAGGGAGAAUUGUUCAGGUCACAGUGCGCCAUGUACAAGAAAAUCGUAUCAUUUGUGCUUUUGAUUCUGGUUUGAAAGGGAUGAUUUUCUCUGAUGAUUUCUCAGACGACGGAUAUGAUCCUGAGAAGGUACAUGAAGGUGAUAUACUUACCUGCAAGAUUAAGCAGAUCAAUAAGAAUAGACUUGUGGUUUACCUGACAACCAAGGCUAGUGAUUUGAGGAGAAGACCUUACAAUAUUCGUAAUCGUGAUCCUUAUUACCAUGAGGAUGAGAUCAGUUUGCAGAGUGAGAUGGAGAAGGCCCGAAAGGACAAGGAACGUGCAAAGAAACAUUUCAAACCAAGGAUGAUUGUUCAUCCCCGUUUCCAGAAUUUGACAGCUGAUGAAACAAUGGAGUACCUAUCUGAUAAGGAACCUGGUGAGAGCAUUAUCCGACCCAGUUCUAAAGGGCCUUCAUUUUUGACAUUGACACUGAAAGUUUUUGAUGGAGUAUAUGCUCAUAAAGAAAUAGUGGAAGGUGGAAAAGAUCACAAAAAUAUUACCAGCUUACUUCGACUGGGAAAGACAUUGACAAUUGAUAAAGAUACAUUUGAAGAUCUUGAUGAAGUUAUGGAUAGAUAUGUUGAUCCAUUGGUCGCUCACCUGAAAAUUAUGCUUUCUUAUCGCAAAUUCAGAAAAGGAACAAAGAUGGAAGUUGACGAUUUGUUGAGAGCAGAGAAGGCAGUAAAUCCAAUGAGGAUAGUCUAUUGUUUUGGGAUUUCUCAUGAACAUCCAGGGACAUUCAUUUUAUCCUAUAUCAGAAGUUCAAAUCCACAUCAUGAGUAUAUUGGGUUGUAUCCAAAAGGUUUUAGGUUUCGGAAAAAGGAUUUUGAUGACAUUGAUCGCCUGGUGGCUUAUUUUCAGAAGAACAUAGACAAACCACCACCUGAUGCUGGCCCAUCUUUACGAACACUUGCUGCAAUGGUACCAAUCAAAAGCCCUGCAUGGGUUUCCUCUAGUGGGGGAUCUGUAGGCAGUGCCUCAGCAGGCAGUAAUGAUGGCUGGAGAGGUCAUGCAAAUUCAGACCGGGAAAGAUCUUCCACGCCUGGUUCGAGAACAGGUGACAGAUUUGACUCUAGGAGCAUUGGCAGUCGAGAUGUUCAUCCAAGUGGGCUUCCUCGUCCAGGCCGAGGGCAUGGGCGAGGGCAUGGCAGAGGAAAUAAUUUGGUCAGUGGGGGCCACGAUUCUGGUUAUGGUGCUACAAAAUGGGGUUCAAAUGAAAACAAUGGCUUGAGCACAUUUCCUGGUGCCAAAGUUCAGAAUUCCCCUGGCAGGGACCCUUGGGGCUGGGGCAGUGGGGGCAGUGGUGGUGGACAGGGUGGGAGCAACACUGGUGGUAGUACUGGUGGUGGGGAUUGGGGAAGUGGCUAUGCUGAUAGAGGCAGUGACAAAUGGGGUGGGGGUGGCAGCAAGAGUGGUUGGGGCGAAGGUGGCAGUGGAGGUAGUAGCUGGGGGACAGGAGGCAAUGUUGGUGGCAGAGAGGUCAGGGCUGGCUUGGGGGGAGUUGGAAACGGUGGUACUGGUCCUGGCUGGGGUGGGAAUAGCGGUGGCGGUGGCGGUGGCAGCAGCACAGGUGGCUGGGGUGGAGGCACUAGCUUUGGCGGUUUGACUGAGGAAUUAGCAAAUCCCAAUGGCUCAGGCAGUUCAAACACUGGAUUUGGUGCUUCAGCUCCGGGAUGGGGUGAUUCUAGGAGAUCAGUAGCAUCUCAACCCGAUACUGGAGACGGUACGAGUGGAGGAAAUGGAGUUGGAUGGUAACUCAGGAGCUGGGCAAUUUUUGAUAUUUGACCCUAAUGGAAGUGGAAACUACAAGGUGUAGAUUAUCAUUUGGACCAAUCGAGCAAAAACCAUCUUACCUAUUAUUCACUUGGCUCGUGUUAGCUUUCAUGGUUUAGGUUGUAUAUUAUGACAGGCCCCGCUAUAGCAUCAAAUCUGUUCUAGUCUUUUACUGUAUCUGUUGUUUAGGCCCUUUCAAAUUAACAGAAAUGUAUCUGUUAUGAGAAAAUAAGCUUAAAUUAAACAAUCGAGUCUUGGGAUAA